UCCUAUAAUCCAGUUCAAAAUAGAUAAUCUGGAUUAUAUGGCAGUGUAGAUCCAGACUUAGUUUUAUGCUGUGGUUCCAAUGUACUGCACCCAUUUCAAGGUGUUUGAGGGUAGUUUUUUUCUUCAAAGCUGUUGACAAGGAGGCGGAGAAGUGCUGACCCUAUCAAGGAAAAUAGUUUGCAUCAGCUUUGGAAACAUAGUUAUAUAAACCAGUGAGCCUAUUCCAGUUUAUUUGUUUGAAACCUAUACAGGACUGUCAUAUACCAAAAACCAGCCACUGUUCCUCCAGGCUUUCAGAUUGCUAGACAGUGGAAAUACUAAUCAUGUAUAUCUGUUGUUCAUGUAUAUCUGUUUAUUUAUGAUAUGUAUAUCUGUCUCUCUACUUCUGUUUCUUCUACCAGAAUAUCGUAUCUUCAGAAUUUCAGAACUUUUCAUCAGACAUCUGCCCAAGCGACAUUUGUGUAGAUGCCAUCUCUCUUAAGGAUAUGACUGAAGCCUUAGAGCCACCUCAUCCAUCUGUCUAUGAAGUAGACUAUGUUGUUGGCUAUGAAGGCAUAACAUUUCUGGAUGAAGGCAAGUAGUUCUAUAUACAAGAGAUUCAUUUGAUGGAGUGGACUUUCAUUCAUAAAAUGUAAUGUCAUAGUAAAGAUGGUAGGCUGAUCUCUUCAAUCAGAGAUAUGUAAGUACAAUGCUGUGGUUAAACUCUGUCCUCCAAUCUGACCCCUGAGACACACUUUAAAAUCUGAUCAACAAAGGGACAAAAUCCUAAGCAACCCACCCUAUCCCCACCCCAGAAUAUAUCAAUGUUAUUUUGUUUGAACCAAAGCAGGGGGCUGUAAAAGACAUAAAGAAAUAUCUCUCUGCUUUUGCAACAAAAUGGUGUCAUUUUGAGACAUGUACAUUAUUAAGCCAUGCAACAUUUGAAUAAAAAUGAGAUGCAGUUAUAAAAUAGGUUAAUCCUUAGGAAUGGACUUCCUUGCGUUUCUUCCCAUUACCUCCACUGGUUUGAUUUUAAGGAGAUUCGAACCUUUCACUACUAUGCAGAUUAAUUCAGGACUUGGAGCCCUGUUCAUAUUGUCUGAAGGCUGCUGGAUACUGCAGUUCAAAAACCUAACUUUUCCAAACUCUUGAGUAAUUGUACCCUAAAUACGGCCACCAAUAUAUUAAAUAUGGCACUUCUUAACUAUAGUUAAUUGGAACAAGCCAGCUUCAUAACAGUAGUUUGACGUUUGUUUGUUUCAACACACUAUCAUAAAGAAUUUUGACAAGCAUUGUUUUCAAAUAGCAAAGGAAGUUGAAGGUGAUUUAAAACAGUGGAAAUGUUUCUGAACUUCUUAGAGCUGUGCUUGGAAAAAGAGAAGCAGUGUGCUAACAUGAGGUUAAUUGUGGCUAAUACUCAUAGCAAUAAACCACUGGGAUGGCCUGAGACAUUUUCCUGCCUGAGGCAAAUGAAAAGGAAGCAACUACAGUAGAGUCUCACUUAUCCAACACUCGCUUAUCCAACGUUCUGGAUUAUCCAACACAUUUUUGUAGUCAAUGUUUUCAAUAUAUUGCGAUAUUUUGGUGCUAAAUUAGUAAAUACAGUAAUUACUACAUAGUAUUACUGUGUAUUGAACUACUUUUUCUGUCAAAUUUGUUGUAUAACAUGAUGUUCUGGUGCUUAAUUUAUAAAAUCAUAACCUAAUGUAAUGUUUAAUAGGCUUUUCCUUAAUCUCUCCUUAUUAUCCAACAUAUUCGCUUAUCCAACGUUCUGCUGGCCCGUUUACAUUGGAUAAGCGAGACUCUACUGUACUUCCAUUUUAUAUGGAGAUGUUGAAUGGCUUGCAUCAACGGAUCCUUGAAUAUAGUAGGGUUUUCCAUCCCAUACAAGUGCAGUAAGAGGUUCAAGCCAGAAUGCAUGACAUGCAUAUUUAUCCUCUAACAAAGAGAUAGGAAGUGGUCUUAGGAAGCGGUUGCUACUGCUCUUCUAAACAUAUGUUUCCUGAUGCAGUAAUCUGACUCUACCAAAUGAUAGUGCUUGAUCUGGUAAACCCCGGUUUAUCAUUAUGUCUGAAAAAGAUACCUGUGUUUAUUGUUGUUCCCACUCCAGUUGUCUUUCUUAAGUAUUAUUAAACCAAAUGGACAAUGCAAAGUGAUUGACAAAUGAAGUAGAAUUUUAACUUUGCUUCUCAUACCACAGAUCCUUUACAGCUGUUUAUUCCAAAAAUUACUUUAUGCACUGUCCUCUAAAUUUUUCAUAGAAAGAAGAAUCUUCCUUCCUCCACCUGAUUUGCUUCUUGACCGUGGAGGUGAACCACAUCCAGCUCAGAGGGAUUGGAAGUAAGAUGGAUAGUCUAUUUCAGGGGUCCCCAAACUAAGGUCUGGGGGCCAGAUGCGGCCCUCCAAGGUCAUUUACCUGGCCCCCGCCCUCAGUUUUAGACUUAGACUCACCCAGAGUCUGAAAUGAGGUGAAGGCACACAACAACAACAAUCCUAAUUAACUUGACUAUCUUAUUGGUCAGAAGCAGGCCCACACUUCCCAUUGAAAUCCUGAUAGGGUUAUGUUGGUUAAAAUUGUUCUUAUUUUAAAUAUUGUAUUGUUCUUUCAUUGUUGGUUUUUUGUUUUGCACUACAAAUAAGACAUGUGCAAUGUUAAUAGGAAUUUGUUUUUUUUUUCCAAAUGAUAAUUCGGCUCCUCAACAGUCUGAGGGACAAUGAACUGGCCCUCCACUUAAAAGGUUUGAGGACCCCUGGUCUAUUUCAAAAAUGGCAGUCGUAGUUCAUUUUAGCUUUAAAUUUACUGUAAACUAACUGUAGGGUAACUGCUCACCUUUGGGUAAAGAAGAUGAAUAGAUAUUGAUAAAUAGUUGAGAUGGGUGGGGAACAGUUAGGUAUGGCUUGUUAUUAUAAAAAUGUGAGUUCUCUGUGAAAACCAUUUGAUUUGGUGGUUUCAACAUUGGACUGACCCAGAAGACCAGGGUUUUAUUCCUUGUUCAGCCAUGAAAACCCAUUGGGUGACCUUGGUUAAGCCAAACCUUCUCAGCCUCAGAAAAAAGAAAAUUGGGAACAAAUUUCUGAACAAAUGUUGACAAGGAAACUGUGGGAUAGGUUCGCUUUAGGGUUGCCAUAAGUCAGAAAGAACUUGAAGGCCGCCAAGAACAACAACGCUUUUUAUACAGCAUAUUUUUCUGAAUUGCCUGAAACAUGAAAGGAGUAUGACACCUGGAACUGUUUCCUUGCUUUUUUGCUCCCUUGUAAUCUCUUCUUUCCUGCAGUAUCCCAACUAUUUCAGAAAAUGAGGUGAAAGAAGCUUUUGUCCAGUAUGUGGCAAGGAAACGUUGUUACAAUAAAGCCCCUGCCAGGGAGAUGGUGAUUACUGAUCUGCAAUCACUGAAUACAUACAGAUAUCACUUGGAGACCUUCACUGAAUCAAGAUUUGCAUCAUGGAAAUCAGAACCAUACUGGGGUGAAGAAGUAGAUUCUCCUCAAAGCGGUGCAGCUCCUUUGCCUUGGGAUCAAAGAGCAGAUGUUCUUGACAUGUUCAAAGACAAGAUUAUGACGAUCAAAGUACCUCACACGUCUUCUGUAACGGGAUGCCCAGCGUGUGAAUGUUCAGGCAGAAAAACAUGCACCUUGUGCUGGGGCCACAAAACCGUACCAUGCCUCAUGUGUACUGGAAGAGGAUAUCCUCUUUUUAAUAAUCUAUCAUGUACCCUCUGUGCUGGACGUCGCAUAGUCAAGUGUGAGAUUUGUAAUGGCCAGGGAACAACAACAUGCCGUGAUUGUGGAGGAAAAACACAGCUGCUGUCAUAUAUCGAAGCUCAAGUUGAAUGGCAAGUAUUGUCAAACUAUAAUACAGUAGAGAGAUAUAAUGUCCAAAAUAUGCUUUCUUAAUGUACACAUGUUGAUUUUGUCUCCUGAUUUUGCA